AUGUCCGGAAGACAGCAGCGCGUCUUGGUCCAGCCCAUCAAUGUCAUAUUCAAAAACCUGCAGCAGCGGACAAAGGUUGUAAUCUGGUUGUAUGACAAUAUUGACAUGCGGAUUGAGGGUCGAAUAAUUGGAUUCGAUGAGUUCAUGAACAUCGUGGUGGACGAGGCAGCAGAGGUCUACGUGAAGGAUGCUAAGCCACGGAGGGAGCUUGGUCGCAUCCUCCUAAAAGGUGACAACAUUACACUGAUACAACAGGUAGUUUGA